AUGGGAACAAAUAUCGUGAAUGUAGUUCAAGAUAUACAGCUGGUUCAAAAUCUUAUAGAAAGGUGUCUUCAGCUUUACAUGAGCCAGAAGGAAGUUGUAAAUACUCUCUUACUCCAGGCAAAGAUUGAGCCUGGUUUCACUGAACUUGUGUGGCAAAAACUUGAACAAGAAAAUCCAGAAUUUUUCAAGGCAUAUCAUCUCAGGUUAAUUGUGAAGGACCAGAUAUUGAGAUUUAAUCAAUUACUUGAUAGACAGAUUCAGUUGAUACGUCAAUUAUAUCCAACUGUAGUCGCUCCCAUUCCUUUGUCCAAUGGAUCACAGAUUCAUCCAAUGCACAACAAUUCAGCAUACCAUACCCCAGAACCUAGUGUACACCAACAACGUAGUAACAUAACUAAUGCAUACACCAAUGGCGCUUAUCCACUUCAGCCGACCAUACCUAAUGCAUACACCAAUGGCGCUUCUUCAUUUCAACCGACAAUACCUAAUGCUUACACUAAUAGUGAAUCUUCACUUCCACCAUACAUGCCUGUUGCAGUCAAUAUGGCGGGUCAUGUUGUAAGGAUUGAUAUAUCAGCAGACAUGCCAUUGACUCAGAGGUCAAAUGCAGGAAUUAUACAAGGAAUGAAUGGGGGGACGAUGAUAUCAGAAGCUAGCCAUGCAAAUGAUCCUAGGUUGAUGUUUGGUGCAAACACAAAUCUUCAACAGCCAAAUACCACAAUAGGAGAUGGAUCAGUUUCAUCUUUCGCUGGUGUCGAGUCUAAUUCACAGGCAUUGAACGAGACUUUCCUGGAUCAUGACAUGAAUUCAUUCGGAUUCUUGGGAUCCCGAAACUUCAGUUUUUCAGACUUGACAGCUGGCUUUUCUAAUAAUACUGAUAUAUUAAGCUAUUCUAAAUCUCCCUUCCUUGGAAUGAAUGAGAACUUUCCAGAUCCUCAUAUUAGGGGAGAACAAGACAUUAAGAGGCUGGACACUGUAUCAGAGGGGCUCAGUUAUGAAGAUUUUGGCAGAUUUCAACUGUUUGAAGUAAUUGCUGAGGAAUUCGUCAAAGAAACUUGA